AUGACGAGUCGCACUUUAAUCCCAUUCCUGGUCACGAUGAUGCUCGUGACCGGGGUUUGCAACACAAUUCUCAAUAAAUACCAGGACAUGCAAUGUGUUCGAAACUGCGACUCCCCCAAUCCGAAUGAUCGGAAGAUGUUUGAGCAGCCAGUAAUCCAGACAGCGCAGAUGUUUGUCGGUGAGAUGGGCUGCUGGUUUGUUCUCGGAUUAUCAAUUCUCUAUCGGCGAUUCAUUGGCCCCCGCUUGUCCCGCGACCAGUCUCCUCUCUUGGCUGGCGGCUAUCGUCCCAUCCGUGGUGAGGACGGUGGUCUGGAUGACGAUGAGCACACCAUCGACGAGGGUGGCAUGGAGCGCAGAAACUCGCACAAAUCUAUUACGGGGGAUGACGACCGUAUUCCGCUGCGUGGAUGGAAGAUAUCUCUUCUGGCAGCCCCGUCCUGCUGUGAUAUUGCAGGAACUACUCUUAUGAACGUGGGCUUGCUCUUCGUUGCCGCGAGUAUUUACCAGAUGACUCGAGGCACUCUCGUACUUUUCGUCGGACUUUUCAGUGUUAUUUUCCUUCGGCGGAAGCUGUACUUGUACCAGUGGAGUGCACUGUUCAUUGUCGUUCUUGGUGUUGCGCUCGUCGGCCUUUCCGGUGCCCUCUUCAGCGGUGACCCGGGCCAUGAUCUCGCGCAGGAUGACGGUAGCUCUUCAUCAGCGGUCGCAGGAGCCCCAGAGGCGGUGAAAGCUAUCAUCGGAGUGCUGCUGAUUGCCGGAGGACAAAUCUUUACGGCCUCGCAAUUCGUGCUAGAGGAAUGGAUUCUGGAAAACUACGCCAUGGAUCCUAUCGAGGUUGUUGGAUGGGAGGGUAUUUUUGGCUUCUCCGUGACAUUUAUCGGCAUGUGUAUUAUGUACCUGUUGGUUGGACGCACUGCGGCAGGACAGUACGGCUAUUUCGACAUGAAAGAAGGUUGGCACCAGAUCAUGAACAACCGUGCUGUGGCCGUGUCCAGUAUGAUGAUUAUGGUCAGCAUUGGUGGAUUCAACUUUUUCGGUCUCUCUGUGACCCGUACCGUCUCGGCCACAUCCCGCAGCACCAUUGACACUUGCCGGACUCUGUUCAUCUGGAUUGUCUCUUUGGGACUUGGCUGGGAGACCUUCAAAUGGCUCCAGGUCGUCGGCUUUGGGUUCCUUGUUUACGGCACUUUCCUCUUCAACGACAUCAUCCGUCCCCCGCUCAAGGCCUGCCUUCCCCGUGGGCCGAGAGAACACGAGGACUUGCUCCCGGAGGACCCAAUUGAGCAUAUGUAG